ACUGAGGGAACCUACACAACUCUUCAUCCUGACGAAUAAAACACCCUAGCAGGACUAAACAAUAAACAUAAAAUACACAUUAUUUCAUUAUAACAACAACAGUACCGGCGUGACAUCGUGCUUCUGUAAAUAAAGAGCUACUUUUCUUUCAAGAGAUCGACUCGGACCUGGAGCAACAUGAGUGAGCGUUUCGAUUGUGACAGCUGCAAGGAAUCUCUGUAUGGAAGAAAGUACAUCCAGUCUGAAGACAACCCAUACUGCAUUCCCUGCUACGACAGCCUGUUCGCCAACACCUGUGAUGAGUGCAAGGAGCUGAUCGGCCAUGACGCAAGGGAGCUGUUUUAUGAAGAUAGGCACUAUCACGAGCACUGCUUCCGCUGUUUCCGAUGCGACCGCUCACUCGCUGAUGAACCUUUUACCAGCCAGGAUGAGGCUUUGCUCUGCAACGACUGCUACUGCAACGAGUUCUCUUCCAAAUGUGUUGCCUGUGACAAGACUGUCAUGCCUGGCACUAAGAAGCUGGAGUAUGCUGGCAACACAUGGCAUGAAGGCUGUUUCAUUUGCAGCAGCUGUAAGCAGCCCAUUGGCUCCAAGUCUUUUAUACCAGAUAAGGAUGACCACUACUGUGUGCCCUGCUAUGAGAACAAGUUUGCUCCUCGCUGCACCCGAUGCAAACAGGUUUUGGCCAAAGGCGGCGUGACCUACCGGGAUGAGCCAUGGCAUAAGGAGUGCUUUUUGUGCACAGGCUGUAAGGUGCAGCUAGCCGGUCAGCACUUCACCUCCAGAGAUGAAAGUCCAUACUGCCUUAAGUGCUUCGGCAACCUCUAUGCUAAGAAAUGCGAGGCCUGUAGCAAACCAAUCACAGGUUUCGGUGGAGGGAAGUACAUCUCAUUCGAGGAGCGACAGUGGCACCAGUCGUGCUUCACGUGCAGCCGGUGCUCUGUGUCUCUUGUCGGAGCUGGUUUCUUUCCUGAGAGAGAUGAAAUCCUCUGUCGUGAAUGCAACAGCAAUCUAUAGAGCAUCGGUUACACUCCCGUCUCUGUUCUGUCAAUCACACACACACACGUACAU